AGGGGUCUGAAGCGAUGAUCUCGCGAGAAUGGGCAGUUUUAUCCCUACGUAAUGUGCCGUGCUGCUCAUGGCGGCGCUGGAGAUAGUGCUAAGGGCUGUUGGGUAUGAAGUGAAACGGAAUUGAUUUUACCAUCUGAAACUGCUGCUUCAAAGUUCAGAUCACGCAGAAGAGAACCUUAAAACAAAAGUUAAAACGACGCUCCAAGACAAGAACAAGAAACACGCAACCAAAGAACCGAGACGGCCACGAGUGAGCUGAAAGACACAACACUUGAUCUGAAACAAGAAGAUUGUGCCUACUCAACAGCUUCUGAAGAGCACUUUCCAACGCUGCUGCUAGCCUUCUUCAUCCUCUUUGUUGCACUGUGCUGAUGUGUUCAGUGCAACAGGAGUAGUAACCUUUGCUAGUUCAAAUAGAUUCCUCUUGUCUCUCUCUGUCUGUCUGUCUCUUUCUGUGCUAUUCUGUUUUGUUUAACGCAGUGUUACCUGCUUUUGGAACCCUUCACGUGCCACAAUUGUGAAGUACUGGGCAUAUCGGAAACCAAGAACAGAGCAAGUGUGCUGCUGUGCUCCCCCAGCUGUACAAGAUGGAGCGGGUGUAUCCCGCCCCCCCUGAGCCCUCUCUUGCCCCUCCCCUGGCAGCCCUCCCCAUUCCCCGCUCCUCCUCAGUCUCGUGCCCUAGCACCAGCGCUUCAGGGGGCAAAAAGCAGAAGAGGAUCCCCCUUUAUCAGAGAUCUAUGAGUUUCGACCCCAAUCUGCUGCACAACAAUGGCCAUUCUGCCUACGCUAAUGGCACAGCAGGCGGCCUGCGGGAAACUGGUGUCAUCGAGAAGUUGCUGAUCUCCUACGGGUUUAUCCAGUGCUCCGAACGGCAAGCACGUCUCUUCUUCCACUGCUCCCAAUACAAUGGUAACCUUCAGGAUCUGAAGGUUGGAGAUGAUGUAGAGUUUGAAGUGUCGUCUGACAGGCGCACUGGCAAACCCAUUGCAGUGAAGCUGGUGAAAAUUAAACCAGAGAUACUGCCUGAGGAGAGAAUCACUGGGCAGGUGGGAGCGAUUGACACAAACUCACUCAACACUCCCCUUACUAUGCUGCAUGGUUUUAUAAAUCCAGUUGUUUGUGCAAUUCCAAAUCACCUUGAUGGCAAGUCAGCCCCAGGACAGGUUCCCACUGGCAGUGUAUGCUAUGAGCGCAAUGGGGAGGUAUUUUAUCUGACCUACACUCCUGAAGAUGUGGAGGGCAACACGCUCCUUGACACUGGGGACAAGGUCAGCUUCUUCAUGGAAACGAACAAACACACUGGUGCGGUCAGCGCUCAUAAUAUUGUACUGGUGAAGAAGAAACAGAUGCGCUGCCAGGGUGUUGUCUGUGCAACCAAGGAGGCAUUUGGGUUUAUUGAAAGAGGAGAUGUAGUGAAAGAGAUCUUCUUUCACUAUAGUGAAUUUAAAGGAGACCUGGAAGCCCUGCAGGCAGGAGAUGAUGUGGAAUUCACCAUCAAAGAGCGAAAUGGAAAAGAGGUAGCCACAGAUGUGAGACUGCUGCCCCAAGGAACAGUUAUUUUUGAAGACAUCAGCAUUGAGCGCUUUGAAGGAACUGUCACUAAAGUAAUCCCUAAAGUUCCCACUAAGAACCAGAAUGAUCCCUUACCUGGCCGCAUCCGUGCCAGGAUUCAUUUCGCUGACAAGGAACUCUUAUUUGGUGACAAAGACACCAAGUCCAAGGUUACGCUGCUAGAGGGAGAUCAUGUGGAGUUUAAUAUCUCCACUGACCGGCGUGACAAGCUGGAGCGUGCCACCAACAUCGAGAUUCUGCCUGACACUUUCCAAUACACCAAGGAGACCAGGGAGAUGGGAGUAAUUGCAGCUAUGAGAGAUGGCUUUGGGUUCAUUAAGUGUGUGGACCGUGAUGCCAGGAUGUUCUUCCACUUCAGUGAGAUUUUGGAGGAGAGUCAGCUGCACAUCUCUGAUGAAGUGGAGUUCACUGUGGUUCCUGAUAUGCUGUCAGCCCAAAGGAACCACGCAGUCCGGAUCAAAAAGCUCCCCAAAGGCACAGUAUGCUUCCACACCCAGUCAGAACAUCGCUUUAUAGGCACAGUGGAGAAAGAGGCUCCCUCCAAAACCACCAGCCCAGCCAAAGGCAAGGAGAAGAAAAAAGAGAAGGAUUCAGAGGAGGGUGUGAUAGGAUAUGAAGACUGUGGCAUGAAGAUGACUGUCUCUUAUCAUACCAAGGAUUUGGAAGGGUCCGCGUAUCCACAGGUUGGAGAUAAGGUGGAGUUCAGUAUUUGUGAAGUAAAAAGGACGGGUCAGCAGAGUGCAGUGUCUAUCAAACUCCUCAACCGCACUGCUGGCACCAGGAGGCUCCUGGGAUAUGUUGCCACGCUGAAGGACAACUUUGGGUUCAUAGAAACGGCGAAUCAUGACCAGGAGAUCUUUUUUCACUACAGCGAGAUGUGUGGGGAUCUUGAAAAUCUUGAGCUGGGUGACACUGUGGAAUACACCCUAUCUAAGGGCAAGGGCAAUAAGGUCAGCGCUGAGAAAGUCACCAAGGUCACUGCAGUUAAUGGUGUUGGGGAAGAUGUCAGUGCAACUGUGUGCCUGGGGAAGGUUGUGAGACCACUGCGCAGUGUGGACCCCUCCCAGACUGAGUAUCAGGGGCUCAUCGAGGUCACAGAGGAAGGUAGCCUGAAGGGGCAGAGCUUCCCCUUUGGCAUUGUGGGAAUGGCCAGCAAGGCAGACUGCCUGCAGAAGGGGGAGUCGGUGAAGUUCCAACUGUGCACUGUGGCUCAGACUGGGCAGAAGAUGGCCUGUAAUAUUGUCCCAUUGCGCAGAGCCCCUGUAGAGUGUGUAAAGGACCAGUUUGGCUUCAUCUCCUAUGAAGUGGGUGAUGGGAAGAAGCUGUUCUUCCAUGUGAAAGAGGUGCAGGAUGGAGUGGAGCUGCAGGCUGGAGAUGAGGUGGAGUUUUCUGUGAUUCUGAACCAACGCACAGGAAAGUGUAGUGCUUGCAACGUGCGCAGAGUCAGUGAGGGUCCGAAGCCUGUGGCCACACCUCGGCCUGACCGCCUGGUGAGCCGCUUGAAGAGCAUUACCCUGGAUGAUGCCAGUGCCCCUCGUCUGGUCAUUCUUCGCCAACCCCGGGGACCUGAUAACUCCAAGGGUUUUAAUGUGGAGAGGAAGAUACGCCAAGCAGGUGUCAUCGACUGACUGCUUCAAAGCAUGAGCGUCCAGCAGCAUCGGAGUGGAGGAGUGCAAGUGCAGCAGCGGGGGGUGUGGGAGGUGCCAGAGAGCGAACCGAUGUGCCCACCCUCACCUUUCUCCCCCCUUGCCCCUCCAAACCCGUCCUCUUCAUGGCUCUGCACCGCCUCCUCGUCUGUGCUCUGAGAUCGGCACCGCUAAGCACAGCACCAGACUGGACUCUCUCCGGUCUUUGCGAGGCUUUCUUUUACAGGUGGGGGGGGAAUGGGUGGAUUUAAAAACGGGAAUUACUGUAAGACUUCUUAGCCUCUAUUUAACAUAAAACUGGAAAGAUGAUGGAGAAGGCCCUGCUGGAAUUCUGCACCUAUGGUGUGCGUUUGCGUGUGUGGUUCCUUUUUAAACAUGUAUUGACCUGCCAGAUUUGUGUGGUAACCCCCUUCCCCCUCCCCCAUACUGCAGAGAAUUUUUUCAUGCUUCAUAUUUACUUUUGCUGCUCUGGAUGCUUUUCUUAAAGCUACUGUAUUUUUUUUUUUCAAGCACUGUGGGGGGAGGGAGCUGCUGUGUGUGAAAACCUGUUACAAUGCAGAGCUUCCUUUGGGAUACUCGAUAAAUGUUUGGGCUGUUAAAAUACUUGUCAUUCUAAAAAAUGGAGCAGACUAGCUCUCUAUUAAGCCCACCUCACAUUUAACUUAAUUUGAUGCAAAUUCAAACCUGAAAAAAUAAAUUGCUGUUAAUGAAGUCCUGUUAAAAAGCUUUGCUUCAGAAUUUUAAACUAAGUCUGUACUUUUAAGGGUGUGGAAGCAAGUAAAAAAAUAUGAACCGACGUGUGGUCCAUUUCCCUUAAAUUGCUUCAUGGUGCAGAGUUCCAGGUGGUACCAUGAUGCCAUUGUUAAUUUGCUUUUUAUAAUUUUUUUUAUUUUUUGCACAUACCUUUCAGCUUUUUUUCUCAAUCCCUGAUUUCCAAUUUCAAAUAAUACACAAAAAUACAAAAAAAAACUAAAAUUGUGCCUAAAAAUUCAUUAAAAAAAAUUCUUUAUCCCAGAUGGCACCCAAAAUGAUGCCUCCUUAAUGAUGGCUUUUUUGGUAGAAAUAAUGCAGAUUCGCAUCACAAUUACUAUGGGUUGACAUUCAUGUAUGUGAACGUGCUUUUUUUUUCCUAGAGGAAUAUUCUGACAUCAUGAAAAUUGGUAUCUUUGCAGAAGUAAAAUGAGCAAAAAUAAAAAUCAGAAGAAUCAGGAUUUCAAUUUCUGUGGUUUAGAUGCUGUUAGGAUUUCUGCUGCGCCUCCACUCAAGUGUGGAGUUGUAACUUAUCUAGGAGACCGCUUGGUUCUUACAGAACAACAUGAAGAAGCUCUCCUCUGUACUUUUGUUAAUGGUCUUGAAUGAAACGAUAGAAUAAAAGUUUUACGAAAAUUUUA